AUGAUUCCAUAUCGGGUACUUGUUUUGACAGAAGAUGGGACUGAAUUAUUUGAUUAUAACUAUGGAGAGAUUGAGAAUGGUUGCUUGGUGCCAAUACUUCAAACAAUAGAACAAAUAGACGCGUCUUCAAAAAAAGAACCUAAAACCAUUAUGUGUAUGGACAUGGGAGACUAUAAUAUUAGCAUUUCAACAUGUAAAUCCUUAUAUUUUGCAUCAGUUAUCAAUGAAUCAGAAAAUCGAGAUCAUAAAUCUCUAAACACUCUGUUUUCUAUCUUUAUUGGACACGGGUAUAGCAGAUAUGUUGCAUCUCAUCGUAAGUCUCGUGAUCCAAGGCAAUUUUUCGAUUUUGAAGAUUCUACAUUUCUUAAAUUUGAGAAAGAACUCCAAAUGUUUUUAAAUCCUGAUAUCACAAAUUACGUUGCAUUCUUUAUUAAUGGAAAUCUGGAGUAUGAUUACGGAAAGUUUCCAGAUAAUUUUAAAAAUUUUGAUGACCAAGUCGAAGUUCAAGCUAUAAUGGGUGAUUUAUCUGAAAUAUGUCGUACAGAAGAGUUUGCAGCCUACCAAAAUCGUUCAGAAGUUGUAGUUUUACCGUUUUUCAAGCAUUUACAAAUCGGAUUUCUGAAUAAUAAGCCUUUAGAUGAGAAUGAUAUAUUUGUUACUGAAAAGCAAACGCAAAUUAUUAUAGCCAAAUAUACAAUUCCAUCUAUUUUCAUUAAGAAGGAUCCAAAUGAGGAUGAGGAAGAAGAAGAAAAUGCCGAAGAAGCUGAUAAUUAA